AUGGAUUCACAGAAUAAUUCAAUUCCAGUAGAAUUCCAAUCAUGGUUUAUUCCUAUUGAUAUUAUAAAUAUGAUAUGUUGUAUUAUUGCUGCUAUACUUUCUUCAAUCUUCUUAUAUUUUAUCAUAGUUGAUAAAACGUAUUAUAAGGUUCCAAUGUUAUUAGUUGCAAAUUCAUGUUUAGCUGAACUUAUAUAUGCAAUUGAUUUGUUGGCUAUGACUUUAUUUACAUUUCACAAUGAUAUAACUCAUGAUUACUUCAACAGUUCAUUUUGUAUCUUCUUAGGCAGCAUAAGUUACAUGUCAGCUGGAAUACAAAAUUAUUCUUAUCUUUUACAAGCAUUCUAUCGAUAUGUUUUGAUUAUACGUCCAUCCCGAUUGUUCUUUCUAUCAAUGAAACUGAAUAGUAUUCUUCUUGUUUUAACAUGGAGUGGUUGUAUUAUUUACUCUAUUGUAUUAGUGUCUACUGGUCAAAUAGACUAUUUCGUUGAUGAUCAAAUAUGUCAAAUGCCUCUUCAAUUUUCAUUUCUAACGAUAUUUAAUGCAAUCUAUACUUAUAUUUAUCCAAUGUUCAGUAUUACAUUCAUAUAUGCAAGAGUGGCUCGACAUGUACAUAUGAUGAGUAAACAUAUAACUCCAGUUAAUAACUUAUUUCAUGCUCAACGAGAAUUAAGAAUGUUUCGACGUAUUGUUUCGCUUUUAUCCGUUGCGAUAGUACUUGGAAUUCCCUAUCAAACAUUUGUUAUAAUGUCGUUUGCUAAAAGAACACCAAAGUAUCAUUUUCGUAUUGCAUUUGCGUUUAUCGAUGCAUCAUUGAUAUUCGUAUUAGUUGCUCUCUUGAAGAUAACAGAUCCAUUGAAAGCUUCUUUAAUGAAAAGAAUAAAUGGUCGUUCAACCAAUAUUGUAGGAACGAUGGCAUAA